AUGAAGUUUGGUCUUGGAUCAUUGGGAUUGGCUGUGGCGCUAAUACCUAUUGCCUCAGCAUUAUACAGAGUUGACGACUAUGAAACAUAUGUACCAACCACGGUUGGACCACACCCGACAGGCGCUAUAGAGCCUGCUGAAGAUCAAGUUGAUAUCAAGGUGGAGCCAACAGUGUACUCCCAACUGCUGGACGAGUUUGAGAAUGUGUUGGGAGAGUCUGACGGAAUGGUAAAUCAUGAUAAUCUUGCCUCAAUUUGGAUGUCAUUUUCAAUGAUUGUCGUGUCUGAAAUUGGAGAUAAAACCUUUUUGAUCGCAGCGUUGAUGGCUAUGAGAUCUCCCAGAUGGUUAGUGUUUGCAGGAGCAUCGUCGGCCCUAGUGGUAAUGACAGUCCUGUCAUGCAUUGUCGGCCAUAUCCUUCCGACCUUGUUGACUGAAAAGACUACCAAGACUUUAGCCAGUAUUUUGUUCGUAGUAUUUGGAAUAAAGUUGGCCAAGGAGGGAUUCGAAACGCCGAAAGAUGUCGGAGUUGAAGAAGAGCUAGCUGAAGUUGAAGAAGAAAUUGCAUUGUCAUCCAUCAACAAUAAAUUGGAUGACGCCGAAACUGGAUCUGUAUCUGGUUCUAACAAGAAGAAAUACCAAACUACACUCUCUCACCUACUCGAAGAGACCAAGGAGUUGUUAUCGUUCAUUCUGUCUCCCACUUUCUUACAGGUUUUCACGAUGACUUUCCUUGGUGAAUGGGGAGACAGAUCGCAAAUAGCCACUAUAGCUAUGGCUGCCAGUGCUCAAUUUUACUUUGUGAUAGUGGGUAGUGUGCUAGGGCACGCACUCUGCACAGGCAUUGCUGUACUGGGAGGUAAACUUCUUGCGGGACACAUUUCUUUACGGGCUGUCAACCUUGGGGGUUCCUUGGCCUUCUUCAUCUUUGCAUUCAUAUACUUAUAUGAGAUAUAUAUGUAG